AUGUUCAAGCGUGCGGGCAAAGACCGUACCAGAGAGGCCAUCAGAUGGCGUGUGCAGCAGUAUGGUCCCGUCAAACAGUUUGAAGAGCACGGCAUCUCAUUCCAGGAUCUCUCCCCAGCCUUCGAGAGAGAGAUUGCAGCACAGACGCGCCGGAUUCUCUUAGGGCCUGGUCCUGCAGCAGCCAGCGAGACCGGUGCUGCGAUAGUUCGACCGAAGAUGCUCGAGGCGAGUCUGAUAAAAGCGGCAAAUUCGGCGCGUACAACCAGAGCGAAGAAGCGCGCUGCCUCACACGAUAUCGAGACCCGCGCACGGAAAAGGCAUCCAAAGACACCCGCGGGCCGCGAACGAGGUACAAAGACUAGCCCAUGGAAGAUAGUGGAGGAAGAGGAGCGGGUAGGAGGAACUACAAGUGAAGAGGUACAUGCCGACGACAGGUCGAUGGUUCAGGACGCUCUGGUGACGAGGAGUUCCGCAAGGUCCGCGGGUGGCUCACCAAGUAACGCCAAGAUACCAGAAAGCAUGCCCGUCGAUGCAGUUGUUGGUCGAGGAGCGAUAACACCGUCAUCCGAGUCCCCCAACGCUGCCGACGCUCCGCGUAGCCCCGGACGCGUCGCAGCCGCAAAAACGGCCUCAGAUUCCAUCAACCCAACCCACACACCGAUCAUCGUAUAUCUUGAGAAGAAGCUCGAGAAUGCUCGCCUUCAGCUACAGCUAGGGCAGGCUGUUAACAAUACUCUACGCAAAGAAAACGAAGAACUGCGCCGCCGCAUCGGGAAGCUCACGACUCCCAGCAAUGCUGCACUGCGCCAAGCGGCCAGUGAUCUCGAACUGGAGCGGGCAACACUCGUUUCCGAGAAGCUGACGAUCAACUCGCGUCAUCAAGAUGCUAUACGAUGUUUAGAGGAACUUCUUGAAGCCAAGGCAAAGCAUAUCGGACACCUACAAACCCUCCUCAGCACCCUAAGAGGCCCUCAGCUGGUCUCCAGAUCUCAAGGCUACCCGAUCGAAUACGAUGCUGGCUCUCUGAACGCUGACUGGCGUCAGAAUGUCGCUCGGUUGGCAUCUGACUGCCGACCAUACGACAUGGCAAGAUCCCUUCGCGCUGAAGAGCAGGUACCCGUCAAGCUUGAGGCUGCCAUGCGUGCUGUUACUGGACUCUCCGUAGCACAAACCGGGAACCUGACGCUCGCUGAGUGCUUCACUAAAACCACGGCCAUGCCUACUGAUGUCAAUAUCCGGGUCGCCUGUUUCAUGAGUCAUGUUCUACGAUGGUGUUUCAACACAGCGUUCCAUACCAGGGGGCUGAAGUCGGAGAAGUUGCACGAAAUGUGGCAGUCAAUUGCGUUACUCAAUGGACUCAAAUGUGUACGACAACUAGACACCAUGGCUACCCUAGACAAGAUCAGCAACAAGUACUUCCGCGAGCACCAAUUGCCCGAGAAGGCCAAAAAUCAGAUGGGUAUCUUUAUCAGAGAAUGCCGCAGCUUCAUCCCUUGGCUCGAUAGCGCGAAAUUGCGUCCGAAGCUCGAUGAGUGGCUGCAGUCCACCAUGGAGAUGAAGUUGGAACUUCUUGUGUCAAGCCAACACCACAAACUCGCCUUCCCGCCACCUGGCGCGCCUUACGACAAAAGCACCAUGGAAGGUCAAACGGAAGACGGAAACCGACAGGGCCCCAAGGACAAUCCAGCCGACUAUCGAGUCAAAAUCUGCGUCUGUCCCGCGCUUUAUACGUGCAUCCCGGAACCAGAUCUACUAGACAUUGCCGACCCUUCCUUCAAGGCGGAGAAGUACAAAGAUGCUUUGCUCGAAGAUAGGGACUUCUUCUCCGAAGAGCCAGGCAAGUAUCAUGGUUGGGAAGGAGCUGUCUUAGUAUCGCGGGCUAUUGUCUUCGUCGAGAAGUACCCUCAACAGUCUCAGGUCGUACCAGAGCAGAGUCAACCAAGGCAGACCCUCCGGCUCCGACUAACCCCAAGCGUGGCUGAAGAUACCCAGGACGUGGCUGAAGGUGGCGAGGAUGGCAUGAGCAGUCAAGACGACGUCAAACUGUGA